CGACUGCCAUGUCUCUGUUUUUUGUUUUUUACCGCAGAUGAAGAGGACACAGUUAUUGACUCUGAUGGGAGGCAGGAGAGGGCAAAAGAGAAGGAGAGAAAGAAAGAGAGGGACAGAAAGAGAAGAAGAAAUGUAGCAAGAAGAGCUUCCAGUGCAAGAAAAGAAGGAAAGGAAUUGGAGGACAGACCAGGAAGAGAGGAGAGGAGAGGACGAAAAAAGAGGGAUAAGGAGGGGAAAGGGAAAGGGGGAGAGGAUGAGAGGCAGGAAGAAGUGAAGAAUGACACGGUUGCUAAAACUCUAAAGAAUUUCAGCAAUGAAAACACCAGAAAACUGGAGCAAAAAGAGAUAGAGGUUGUAGGAGAGGAGGAUGGGGAUACCGAGGAGAAGAGGAAAAAUGGACGCUCAGAAAAAGGCGGGAAAAGGGAGGACAAUGGAAGAGGAGAGACAGUUGAGAAGAAACAAAAGAAAAAAAGGGUUGAGACAAGUGCGGAGCAUGAGUCAUCAGAGGAAGAGGAGGAUGAGGAAGAGAAAGUGGGAGAGGAGAAACCAGAGGUCUUGUCUCCCGAGGAGUUGGAGAAGCUGAAGGAGGAAGUGGAUGAGAGGAAGAAACUUAUCUCGACCCUAAGAGGAAAGCCUUGGCCCAUGAGGAAGAAACUGCUAACUCUACGGGAGUCCCAUGAGUUUGUGGAGAAAUAUGAGGGAGCUCUUGGGAAAGGAAAGAGCAGAAAACUGUAUGCAUAUAAAGUCAUGAUGUUGAAGAAAUGGAUGAAGUUUCAGAGGGACUUUGAAAACUUCAAAACUGCUUGCGUUCCAUGGGAGAUGAAAAUCAAAGAGAUUGAGAGCCAUUUUGGCUCCUCGGUUGCCUCCUACUUCAUAUUCCUGAGGUGGAUGUAUGGCAUCAACAUGAUCCUCUUUGGGCUGACGUUUGGUCUGGUCAUGGUGCCAGAGGCUCUGAUGGGCAGGCCGUAUGGUAGCAUGCCCAGAAAGACUGUCCCUAGAGCUGACGAAGCCAACGCCAUGGACUUUGCUGUCCUAUGGGACUUUGGGGGCUACGCCCAGUAUUCUGUCCUCUUUUAUGGCUACUACAACAGCCAGCGCGCCAUUGGCUGGCUCAAGUUCCGCAUGCCCCUCUCCUACUUCCUGGUUGGCGUGGGAACUGUGGCCUAUAGCUAUAUGGUGGUGAUAAGGACUAUGGCCCGGAAUGCUAAUGAGGACGGGGGCGGAGACAACAACAGCUUCAAUUUCAGCUGGAAGAUGUUCACCAGCUGGGAUUACCUCAUUGGCAACCCUGAGACAGCUGACAACAAGUUUGCCUCCAUCACCACCAGCUUUAAGGAGGCCAUUCUGGAGGAACAGGAGAGCAGGAAGGAUGACAACAUCCACUUGACUCGUUUUCUGCGGGUUCUGGCCAACUUCCUGGUGCUGUGCUGUCUAGCAGGAAGUGGAUAUCUCAUCUACUUUGUGGUGCGUCGCUCCCAGAAGUUUGCUUUAGAGGGACUGGAGAGCCAUAGCUGGUGGGAGAGGAAUGAGGUGAACAUGGUGAUGUCCCUCCUGGGGAUGUUCUGUCCCAUGCUGUUUGAUGUGAUCAGUGCACUAGAGAACUAUCACCCCCGCAUUGCUCUACAGUGGCAGCUGGGACGCAUCUUCGCCCUAUUCCUGGGGAACCUUUACACCUUCAUCAUCGCACUCAUGGAUGAGAUCAACCUCAAACGAGAGGAGGAGGAGGUGCUGAAGCUUAAUAUGACUAUAUGGGAGGCCAGUCUGUAUAAUGGGACCCUGGGAGUGAAUAGCACAGCUCCUCCCAUCACCGUCCACCCUGCCGAUAUCCCACGAGGACCCUGCUGGGAAACCAUGGUGGGACAGGAAUUUGUCCGACUCAUUGUGUCGGAUACUAUGACAACCUACAUCACGCUCCUGAUCGGGGACUUCUUGCGUGCUGUGCUGGUGCGUUUCCUCAACUACUGCUGGUGUUGGGACUUGGAGGCUGGAUUUCCCUCCUACUCAGAGUUCGAUGUCAGUGGGAAUGUCCUGGGCCUGAUCUUCAACCAAGGCAUGAUAUGGAUGGGUGCGUUCUAUGCCCCUUGCCUGCCUGCUCUGAACGUGCUGAGACUGCAUGUGUCAAUGUACCUGCAGUGCUGGGCCGUCAUGUGCUGUAAUGUUCCUCAGGAGAGGGUGUUCAAGGCCUCAGGCUCCAACAACUUCUACAUGGCUAUGCUACUGGUCAUCCUUUUCCUCUCAACACUGCCUGCCAUCUACACCAUAGUCACUAUCCCCCCCUCCUUCGACUGUGGCCCCUUCAGUGGGAAGAGCCGCAUGUUUGAUGUGAUCCAGGAGACGCUGGAAUCUGAUUUCCCUGCCUGGUUUGGGAAGGUGUUCAGCUACGCCUCCAACCCUGGCCUGGUGCUGCCUUUCCUACUGCUGAUGGUUUUGGCCAUUUAUUACUUGCAGUCUACAUCCAAAAGCUACAAGCAAGCCAACCUGGAGUUAAAGAAGAAACUUCAAACCCAAAAUGAAGAGAACAAGAAGAAGACUAAAAUGGCAGCACUGAAAGCUGCCAUGGAUUUAGAGGAGGCUCAAAAAGCUUGGUCAGAAGCACCGCGGCAACAGAGAAACAACAACGCCUCUCAGCAAUCUUAUACGGAAGAUAGAGAAAAGAAGGGUGGGGAACACAGAGCACAUCAAGGAAAGAGCAACCAUCAAAUUCCCCCUUCUGCCACCAGCCCCCCGGCCCCGAGGGGCCACAGAAUCCCUGGGCCCCUACCAGGUAACCAGUGGCAACCAGCACCCAGUGUUCAGAGGGUCCCAAACUCCCAGAGACACUGAGUAUGACUGCUGUCACAGAUGUGGAAAUGGCAAGCACUUUAUAGACAGACACAGACCUCCCUGAAUAUACAAACGUCACUCUGAUUUCAGAGGCAGACUGAAAGUAAAAGACUGCUGAAGUGACAUUAACACCAGAGGUAUCAUGACCGGUAAUAGUUGAUUCCUUAUUACCAGGUUGUACAUUACAGUUCUAAUGGACAUUUAUUCAAACAGUGUUAUGUGAAUUGUGACUGUAAAAAUGUAACUUUUUUGAAUUGGUGAUAAAUUAAUGUAUACUAUCUAAUUUCUUAUUAAUUUGUACUAACUAUUCUGCACACCAAGCAACAUAACAUGUAUUUGGCAUUGACAGGACCUGGUGAGUUCAUACAUAAUAUCCUGUGUUAUUACAUUAUCCGGUUUUUACAAGGACCUGACAUUGUGGAGAGUUAUUAAAGCACUAAA